AAUGUGGAAGAUUCCAGAAAUCGGACAUGGCCGAUCGCUGUCAGUACGGCUGUCGUCUCGCUGUCGGGGCCGACCGUGCCGCCUGUCUCUGCCGCCGGUGCCGGUCCCCCGCGGGCGCGUCCCCCACUAUUGAUCGCCGGCGCCGCCAUAUUGGAAGUCCUCGGCGUGUCUCGACCAAUCAGCGGCCGCCGACUCCGGCCAGCGCCGGCCGACGGUGACCCCACCGAGGAACGCUAAUCUGAUUGGUUCGCAUUGCAACACUUGGGCGCCAGAUUUGCGGCAAUCGUCUCUGAGCGCAGGCUGCGCGCCGGACGGCGGCGGCGUGCCGACCGCGCCGCUAGCGCCGAUCUAUAAAACUCUAUCUCUCAUUCUAACAUCAUUAGUCACCAUUGGUCGCCUCAUCAUAUGUCGCGCGACGCUGAGCGAAGCCGACCGCAGCAUUAAUGCCACAAACGUGAUUUGCGCGCCGGGUCGGCUGGUUGGGCGCCGUCGCGGCCGCCAUGGACGGCUACCAGGUCCGGCCGCCGGGCCUGGACGACGAUCGAGACAAGCGAAAGGUGGAGGACUUCACGGGCCUGUACGGCCUGGACAGCGCACUGCGGCCGCACCCGGACCAUGCAGUUUCAGGUGCUGACGGCGCGUUUAAGAAAUUGAAGACGGAGGUCGGCGCGGGCGGCGUGGCUGCCGGUCACAGCCCGACUACUUCGGCCUGUCCGACACCGGCGCGCCGCCGGCACCGCACCACCUUCUCACAGGAGCAACUGCAGCAGUUGGAGGCAGCGUUCGCCAAGUCCCACUACCCGGACAUCUACUGCCGGGAGGAGCUCGCCAGGACGACCAAACUGAACGAGGCACGCAUCCAGGUGUGGUUCCAGAAUCGUCGUGCCAAGUACCGAAAACAGGAGAAGCAGCUGCACAAGGCGCUGGCGCCUACCGCGCUCGGACCUUGCAACACCGCACUGAUGCGGAACAUCUACCCGCCGUCCAGCCGCGGCUACCAGCACUACCCCACAGCCCACCAGGGCUUCAACACGAUGAACCGUUACCCGCAGAUGGGCGCCGCCUCCUACCCGGCCAUGGCGCAGCCGUUCGCAAUGGGACACGCCUCGCACAACAUGGCCGCCGUGCGCAACGAUAUGGGUAUGCCGAUGGAGGACGAGUGGUACAACAAAUCGCUCUCCGCGCUUCGGAUGAACUCCAGCCAUCACCCAAACUUGUCUGCUCCUAUGCUCCAGUACCAAACGUAAAUGACGGCAGCGAACUGGGCUUCUGGUCCUGGGGCGUGCCGACACCGGGCUCUGCGCCGCCGCUGGCGCCGCCUGGCGGGGAGCUGCCCUAUGCGACCGGAGCGCCACCUAUCUCAGAACAGCCGCCGGCCGGCACGCCCUCUAGCGACGAGGUGUGACCCACCGAGCCGCAUCUACUGGAGCAUGGGAGUAAAACUAAAUCAAAACGGGCUACGUGCGCCGCAGCACGUCUCAAGUAUAAAUAGCGGGGACGAUGGACUGAAUACAGACCCCAGUGAGGCUGCAAGGACAGACAGUGUGUAAAUGAACCGAGCGAAACGCAGCAAGAGUCGUAGCAUGCUGAACCAGGGGUUACACAGUCUGAACGGAUGGACGGCUUUGGAAGCUGAGUGUGAAUGAUUCCGUUCAUAUGACUUGUGUGACAGCCUCAUCUGUACAUACGCUAUUCUUAAAUUGUUUUGUGGUAGAUCACCUUCUUCUGAGUCGAAUCAGGUGUUGAUGCCAAUGAUACCGAUUCCCUUAAAAUGAUCUCAGAUAGUAUUUGUUCGAAUAUGUAUUUCGAGUACCGAUUCUUGUUAAUAGGUUAUUUGUACUGAAUGUCCGGCAGAGUGUAGUUAUACUUAGAUUUGCACAUUGCCGAUGGAAACGCGUCAUCCUGAGUACGUGCUACCUUCCUUGAUUGUGCCAACGUUCCGUAAGUGUGUAGAAUAGCGAAUUUAUGUUUAAUGCUUAGAAUUGUCGUACCACCGUUUGUGCAAUAACUUCAUGGAGCUGCUUCAACUUUAAAUUCUAGUCAUCCACUAGUGUUUGUUGUGGCUAUUUUACACAUGGUAUUAGUUAAUAGCUUAGCCAUUGGCGAGCCCACCCUGCAAUUCAGUGAUAAAUGUCUGCAUUUGUGUUUUGACCGCUGCGCCGUGACGUUCCUGCAAAUAAUAAAGCUCGCUAUCCAUUA